AUGGAAUAUCUGCGAAACAACUUCAGAAUAUCCAGCAGCAGUUCUUUUGGACAUGUUAAUCAUGAUGGGCGAGGUCAACAUUCCAAUCGAAAUAAUCGUCUCCCAGAUAAAAUAUUCCCUGCCGUGUUUGACGAUAUUGCUUCGUUUAAAGGCCAAAAAGCAUAUUGCAGUCUCCUUGACUCCCAAUGUGAAUAUUUACCGGAACAUCUUAACGUGAAAAAGAUGUUCAACAUGUUUUUGCAACAAAAUCCUGAGAAAAAGGUUUCCUACGAGACUUACAGAACUAUAUUUGUAACUAAAUUCAAUAUAAGUUUUGGCUAUUCAGGAACGGAUACCUGCAGUGCCUGUGAUGAUCACAAGGCCAAGAAAAUGAACAUCGAAAAUGAUCAUUUACAAAAAGCGCUUCUAUCUCGUUUAGAAACAGAACAUAAACUGCAACUUUUAAAAGCUAAAACGUUUUCCAAAAAAAAGAGAGCAGCCCGUUUAAAUUCUCAAAAGAGUACAGAAAAAGAGGCAAUAGCAAUGGAUUUUCAAAACAAUUUGCCAGUGCCUAAUAUCAGCACUAAAGAUGUAUAUUAUAAACGCCAACUUUCUUUUUAUUCCUUUAAUAUCCAAUUGCUGUCUAACUCUACUUUACAAUUUUAUACAUACACGGAAACUGCUGGAAAAACGGGCUUUACAAUUUUAUACAUACACGGAAACUGCUGGAAAAACGGGCUCAGAUGA